AUGUCGGAUACUGCCGCCCCUGCCCAGGACGCACCCAAGCAAGAGGAAGACUCACGUAAGGUUAACUUGGUAUCCAUGGACGGUGAUAGCUUUGAAGUCUCUCGCAGUGUUGCUUCCAUGAGUGAGCUGGUGAAGACACUUAUUUCCGAUGAUGCCGAUGACGAUGAAGUACAAGAGAUCCCAUUGCCUAAUGUAAAAAGUCCCGUGCUGUCCAAGGUGAUUGAGUUCUGUAGCCAUCAUCACAAUAGUCCCAUGCGUGAGAUUGAAAAGCCACUCAAGAGCGCCGAUAUGCACGACGUUGUGUCGGACUGGGACGCCAACUUUAUUGAUAUUGAGCAGGAGAUUCUGUUUGAACUCAUCUUGGCUGCUAAUUACAUGGAUAUUAAGAGUCUAUUGGACUUGGCCUGUGCAAAAGUAGCGAGUAUGAUCAAAGGCAAAACACCCCAGGAGAUUCGCGAGACGUUUAACAUUGUUAAUGACUUUACGCCUGAGGAAGAAGCUCAGAUUCGUGAGGAGAACAAAUGGUGCGAAGAGGCGUAA